AUUUCCUGUAGAAAGUUCUGUGACGUGUUCCCUUUGCCAGAUGAACUGAUGUGGAAGGUUGUGAUUGACUUUCCUUCAUAGCUGUGCUUUUCGUUAAAAAAUGAGACCCCCUCCCUCGUUCGGUCUGUUGUUCGAUAUCGAUGGGGUCCUUGUUCGUGGAAAGAAAGUUUUGCCUGUAGCCCCGAAAGCCUUUAGCAAAUUAAUCGAUGGAACUGGUAAUUUUCGGGUCCCUACUGUCUUCCUCACAAACUCCGGAAACUCGCUGCGUUCCCAAAAAGCGCAGCAGUUGACAAAAUGGUUGGGAGUACCUAUUCACGAGGAUCAAGUCGUCAUGGCGCAUUCUCCUCUGAGAAUGUUCAAAGAAUUUCACAACAAGAAAGUUCUCGUCAGUGGCCAAGGUCCUGUGCGUGAGAUUGCCGCGAAUUUGGGCUUCAAGCACAUUGUCACGAUAGACGAGUUCAGUAAUGCUUUUCCUAUGUUGGACUCUUUGGAUCACAAUAGAUCACCGAGAGAGCCCAAUCCACACGAAGAGCGCUUUCCAGCUAUUGAAUCUGUCGUGCUUUUUGGUGAACCCAUUAGAUGGGAGGUUAGUCUUCAGCUGAUCGUUGAUGCUUUGACCACAAAUGGAAAACCAUGUCCGCCUUUGCCGAAGAAGCUUCCUUACCCGCACAUACCAAUACUUGCGUGCAAUACAGAUCUCCACUGGAUGGCGGAGGCCUGCUUGCCCCGGUUUGGACAUGGGGCAUUCUUGGUUUGUUUAGAGAAUUUGUACAAGAAAAUAACAGGACACGAAUUGAUUUACACAGCGCUGAUCGGUAAGCCAUCGGAGAUUACGUAUCAUCAUGCUGAACGCAUGGUUUUGGAACAUGCAAUUUCAAUCGGUUGUCCUGGUGCUGUGAAGACGUUGUACUGCAUUGGGCAAGUUUCGCGUUCUCAUACUCUUGCAAGAGUAGAAUAUGUGUGCAAUAUUUUUAAAUUUUCUGGAGACAACGUGAAUACCGAUAUAUUCGGUGCUAAUUUGUACGACAAGUACUUGAGGAGAGUUUGGUCUGGAAAAAACAAGCCAGCUCGACAGUCGAUUUUGCAGAUUGCUCGUCGCGGUGUUCAUCAUUUUAUUGAAGAUGAAGACGGCCCCCAGAGUUCCGAUUUCACGGCCGAGCGUUGCUACAGCAUCCUAGUACAGACUGGGGUAUUCGGUGACCACACCAUGAGCGAUAGUGAACAUUCUCCACGCGACUUUUUGCCAGUGGAAGAGUCGUUGCGCCAGCCCAACUUCGUCAGCGAGAACGUUUAUCGCGCUGUUGAAUUGGUGUUCGAGCGCGAAAAGUUUGCGUAAGACCAUCUUUUGAAAGAUUUUUUUCUGCGAAACUGUGUCGCGUUUACCUCAAGAAGUCAGCAUAGCGGUUUUCAGCUACCGUUUUUGCGUCCGAUGAUGAAUCUCGACCCCGGUUGAUAUGACAAGAUGAUCUUGUUUAUUAGUGAAACGGUGAAAAGAGCGGUAUACCGUGUGGUCUGGAGUGCAGCCUGUGAUCAAACGAAUUACCUGCGAGAUUUACACCGUUUAUCUGCAUCACGUUAUGGGCUGAACCUGACCUUGCUCGAGUCCAUCAUGGGUAUUUGUUGUGAAACAUUCGUUUCGGUGCGUUAGGGAUUAAAUGAGCUUUUUGUGUA